ACUAUCGUUAACAUAUACGAGCCAAUCGACUUUCUGUGCUGCGUGUUCCCGUUUUCAACUCUUACACGUUCGCCAGACAACAAAAUUUAAAUUCUUCAUUUCAAUUUUAAAAAAGUUUUUCGUUUUAAACGAGAUUCCUUUACAGAGUUACUUCAAUUUAGAGGAUUUUUGCAUUCUUAUUGGACUUGUGUAUAUAGUCUAUAAAAUAACUAAGAAGGAACCAAAGUUGGGUCCAUAAAUGGGACCCUGGUUAUCCUUGAUCAAAACACACAAGGUCAAAAAGAUAAAGGUGCAAAGAAUUUUCAAAAGUUGAAGAAAUUAAGGAAUAUUUAUAAAUAUUUUUUUUUUCAAACUAUAUUAGAAAAAUUUUAAAUUAAAAAAAGGAGAAAGGAAGUUUUACGCGAGUAAUUUUCGAAGAAGACGUGUCAAGGAAACGAGCUGAGGCGCACGGUGAGAGUCACCGGAGUGACAGCUCAACGGUCGAAAUUUUCGUACAUAAUAGAGAGUGUUGUGCUGUUUAGGAGGGUGAGAGGAAUCAUCAAGAGAGAAAAAGGGAGAGAAUUCGAAUAAGAGAGAGAGACAGAUAGAGAGAAGCGUUGGAGGAGAAAUACACUGAGUGGUGCUGCCCCCUUCCGAGGAAAUCGUUGCUCCCUCUCCAGAGCCAGUCGAACGAGGUCUGUUCAGAACAGAACGGUUUUUACCACUGAACACUUGACAUCAUACCAGUUUGGAGUUGUACUCACUUUUCAUUUACUGAGUUGUUACUUUGUUUGAAUUCCGAAUCAUUAACGGUUUUCUAAUAACAAUUUUUACGUUUUCUUAUCAAAUAAAAUAGAUUUUGAAGUGUGUGAAAUUGGAGCGAGGACUAAAGGCUGCAACUCUGUGAGAACGAAUAGCGCAACGGUGUUGCGUGGACUAGUUUCGAAGGUAUCAUUGUCGUGCGAUCACGGUGCGGAAACAGAAGAGAAUUUAGGAGGGUGAGGUGAGGAAUUUCUCGCGUGGUUGUCCGGUGUGUUGGUUGGGGGGAGCGUAAGGACAGAGAGAUAAAGAGCGACGGUGACGGGGGGAGUUCAAAGGGGGCAUCGAGGGAGAGAAAGAGUGAGAGAGAGAGCGCUCUAGUGGACUCUGUUAGAAGCUCAGUUAUCACAAUGGCUUCCGUGAAAGACACCGCGACUUUUUUUGCGGAGGGCACUUCAAAUCAAUUUGAGCACGUCCUUAAAUUAUAUCCUCAGGCUCUACGAGUCAAGGCAAUCCACAAGACGAAGAAACCUGAGGAGCUGAUCAAGCUGGACAAUUGGUACCAAAAUGAAUUGCCAAAGCAGAUUAAAGCUCGUGGCAAAGAUGCUCAUCUCAUUCAUGAGGAACUCGUACAAACAAUGAAAUGGAAACAAAAUCGCGGGAAAUUUUAUCCACAACUUUCAUACCUGGUGAAGGUAAAUACGCCCCGAGCUGUGAUGGCAGAGACGAAGAAGGCGUUCAAAAAGCUUCCAAAUAUUGAACAGGCCAUCACUGCCCUCUCAAAUCUCAAGGGCGUUGGCACCACCAUGGCUUCAGCACUCUUGGCGGCGGCCGCACCUGAAUCUGCACCUUUCAUGGCCGACGAGUGUCUUAUGGCUAUACCCGAGAUUGAGGGUAUUGACUACACGACCAAGGAAUACCUUAAAUUUGUCUCGCACAUCAAGAAUACAGUGCAGAGGCUCAACAAACAAGCGACAAAUGGUAAGACAUGGAGCCCUCAUAGAGUGGAAUUGGCCCUCUGGACGCAUUAUGUUGCUUCUGAAUUAAAACCCGAAUUGCUCGAUGGUAUUCCAAUAACGGCAGAAAAUGGAAAUUCCCAUUCACCAAGCAAUGGUGAAGCUACUGAGCCGUCCGAUGAUAGUAAUCAAGAGCCUGCUGUUGUUAAUGGUAAAGAAUCGUCGGAGCCACAUCAUACAAAUGUGAUUGACGAAAAUAGUACCACUAAUUCAUUUACCGAGGACUCUAUGGAUAAGCCAACCACUCCUUUAGUUGCCACUGAAGACGAUGACAGCAAUAAUACUCCACGUCCCACUGACAGCGAAGACACUGAAGAUUCGCAGGACGUUCAGGAGCCACCAGCGAAAAAGAACAAGAAGUGACCCCGUAGCCGAUCCCCCAUAAAUACUGUAAGUCACCUCGUGUCGACCGCCAAUCUCGCGCUAAUCGCUGCUAGACGCUUCUAGCCACUCGAAAAAUCGCGAAAUAUAAUUUAAAAAUAAAAAAUUGAGCCACCUUUUUAUGAUCGCUCUUCCGUCUGCUUGUCUCUUCUCAAAAAAAAAAAAUAGGACCAACGGGAGACAGACAAUGAAGGUUCGCGACACUGGUGCUAAAAAUCCAACGUUCUUUGUUUCUUUUUUAACAUCAAUUUCAAAAAAAAAAAUAUUCAGAAUUCGCGAUUAUUUAAAACACUAGGAAAAAAAAUUUACAAUCGAGGUGACACUUGGUUCAUUAAAAAAAAAAAAAUGGCGUCUUCACUUGGAAAGUUUUGACGCACAAAAUUCAAAUUUUAUUAACUUUCCAAUUUUAUAAAAUUUGUUGAUAAUAAAAAUUAAAAAAAAAUAGUUAUUCUUUCAUUCCGGCUCAAUUAAGUGUCGCCUCGCGUGUACUAUUUUUCCUCAGGAUAUAAUGUACCUUCUGUCUUUCUCCUUGCAAGGUCGCUCUAAAAGGCUUAUCUCGAGAUGCCACUAAGUCUACUCUCAAGUCGUAAACUGUUUCUCAACCGGCCGAGGGGGGCAGGGAGAAAAAAUAAUAAAAAAAAAAAAUAAAAAAAAAAAAAAAA